AUUAUUUUCAAUUUAUUAAUUACAUUAUUUUAAUUUUUUUUAUGUGAUUAACCCGUAGGUAUGCAGGCUCGAACUAAGUACAAAGCACCAAUAUUGAGGUCGAAACGAGAAAAAAAUCGCGAAAAGUAUUCAAGUCUUAGUGAAUCAAUGAAUAAUUUAUCGUAUGGUGGUGGUAUGAGUAUAAUGGAUUUCAAUUCAGUGGCAGAUCCAUAUGAAAGGGGACGCAAAUCCAGCAUUAUGUCUGUUUCAAUGACAUCAUCUAUUGCAAGCGAAUGUGGUUAUUCUGAUAAAUACGAUCCAUUUAUAUCGGCCAAGCGUCAGUUAGAAGAUCUGUUCAAUCCAUCUUCAAAUCCAGUGACAUCUUCGAUACCGAAUAAAGAAGAUCGGUCAUCGAGCGCAGCAUUAACUGUAAAAUUACCAUCUAGUCCAAUAAAAAAUCAAAAUCUACCUAGGUCAAGUUUUCGACGAACAUCAUCACUUCGUAUGCCGAAAAAAACGUCAUCAAUUUCAUACAUGCCAAAAUAUAAGCCAUUAAUUCAACGUGGCAUCUCCGAUGAGGGUCCCAUUUCAUCGAAUUUCAUAAAACCCGAAGAUUAUGACGAACUUCCAGUUAAAAAUCAUGCAAUUAUUCCACCUGAUUUAGUUCCAAAAUCGCAUAAUCCAAAUCAAAACGAACCACCUAUUGCAUUUAGGCGAUAUACAAACAGCGCAAAUCGUUGGAAUGUAGAUUUAAAAAGUGGUGAUUUUCCAUUAACAAAAACUGAUUCGUUGGCUGCAUUCCUAAAAUUUGAAGAUGAUUUGGAGUGUACACCGUUGAAAGAUGUACACCUAUCGGAAUUAAAAGACAAAAAUAAUAUCAUGAACAAAAAAUCAAUUUCAGAACAAAUUGAUAAUAAAAUAAAUGACCCAAAUGAAUUUGGUGGAGAUCGACAGCCAGCAAUUGAAUCACCAUUGAAACAAAAAAACAAUCCCAUUAAAUUAUUGCCAAUUGAAACGCCAUUGAUUCAGCAUAAGAUAAUGUUGGAACCACUGAUCGCCAAUCUUCCUGCAUGCAAAAAUAAUAUUAAUCAUAACCAUAAUAUAGAGAAUAGCAACUCCAUAGAUUCGAACUUUAUUAAUUCAUGUGAUAAUUUAAGAAUAAUCAAUUUUUCGAAAUUAACCAAUGAGUCUAGUCUAGACUUUGAUCAGUCGAAAAAUGUUGUGGGUGAGUCCAAAAAUAAUUUGGUCACAAAUACGAACAAUUCGAUGCGCUCUUCGUCCAGUGCCGAAAGUAUUGAUUCGCAUCAAAAAAUGGAGAUGAUCGUGAACUUGAAAAAUAUCAACGACACUGAUAAACGCAAUCCAAAACGUCAAAUGCAGUUAGACAAAAAUAAUUUAUUAUUCGAUAAUGCAAUAACCAUUGAAUUUACUACUGAUAGUAACAUUGAUCAAAUAAACAAAUUAGAAGACGAUUCAAAUGAUAAUAAUAACAAGAAUAAUUCAGCACUCACGGUGUCACCGAUUAAACGAAAUUUGUUGUUGAAAUCUGACAACGAUGGUGAUAAAAUUUUGGCAAAAGAUGUACAAAACAUCGAGACUCUUUUCGAUGAUUUCGAUUUGGAGGAGUUCAUCUCAUCGUUCAGUGACAAUGAGCAAUUUCCAAUUUUCAAAAAUUACAAGCAAAUGGUGUCAUCAAGCCGGUUUUCUAGUCGUGAAAAACAUAGCAGUGAAUCGACCAGCGAAGAAUGUGAUUCAAUUAAUCACGAACAUUUUAAUAAGUUAGAGAUAGAGGAAAGAGUUGAACUUUUAAACGGGAAAUCGCUUGAAAAACCAGAUGUUACGGUCGAAGCUGACAAACAGAUGCAAAUCGAAUCCGAGCUUCAUAAAAUUGUACAGAAAAAACAUACUACUGAUAACAAACUGAGUCAAUUAAACGAUAUAUUGGACGAAAAAAGUACAAUGUCGCAAGUGGAGCGUGAGCUUUUGACAAGUUUACAAGAAACUCUUGAUCUUACUUCCAAUGUUUUUACACCGAAAAAUGAUGAAUCCAUUGGAAUGGAGGCCACUUUCAAGAGUUUAUUCUUACAAUCUCCAAAUGAGAAAAUAGGAAAUGGAUCCAUUCGCUUUAAUCAUCGUAGUGGGACACAAAGCUAUCAAAGGCAAGAAAUAUUCGGAGUAGCUACAAAUAAUGGAAAUAACAACGAUUUGAGCUGUUUGAAUGUGCCACCAAAAUCACCACUAACACCAACGAUUGAUCGUAUUUUUCACCCAAUCACCACUGUACACAAAAAUGAUUCACAAAAUAUUUGCAAUACAAUCAACAUGACAUCAAGCUAUACCGACGAUCAGUCGGGCACUGAUUCGAUGAAUCCAAGUGAUUGGAAGUUCUCUUCACCAUUGUCACCCAGAGAGUCAUUAAAAUUGUCAAAAUUUUGCUAUGAGUGUGGUGCGAAAUUCAUAGUGGAACAGGCAAAAUUCUGUAUGGAUUGUGGCGCCAAGCGAGCAAUUCUUGAUUAGAUAUCUAUUCACUAUGUUAACUAAAAAACAAAGUGGCCUUAGGUUGAGAAAUUUUAUAAAAAAUCAGCAUGUUCUAUUUUUUUGAUGCGUUUUGAAAAUAAAAAGGCACAAUUAUUUUAACAAUGAAAUCAAA